GCCCCGCGCCCCGCCGCCCCCGUCACCUUUAUGGACGAGCACCUGAGCCUGCUGUACUCGCCCGCCGCCUCCUCCACCAGCAGGCACCCGCGGGGAGGCAGCAGCAGCAGCAGCCACCACAACCCGGGCUACAGCGAGCAGGCGCCCCCCGACGCCCCCGAGGAAGGGCAGGAGGAAGACAUGACCGUGGUGGUGGGCGGGGGCGACCCCCUGCUGGAGGAGCCCCAGCACCCCCAUCCUCUGCUGGGCGGCGAGCGCUACGACCCCCCGCCGGCCCACGCGCCCGUGCCCCCUGGGCACCACCCCCAGGGCGGCGGCGGGGAGCACGAGUGCUGCGAGCGGGUGGUCAUCAACAUCUCAGGCCUGCGCUUUGAGACCCAGCUCAAGACCCUGGCGCAGUUCCCCGAGACCCUGCUGGGAGACCCCCGCAAGAGGAUGCGCUACUUCGACCCCCUGCGCAACGAGUACUUCUUCGACCGCAACCGGCCCAGCUUCGACGCCAUCCUCUACUACUACCAGUCCGGGGGCCGGAUUCGGCGCCCGGUCAACGUGCCCAUCGACAUCUUCUCGGAGGAGAUCCGCUUCUACCAGCUGGGCGAGGAGGCCAUGGAGAAGUUCCGGGAGGACGAGGGCUUCAUCCGCGAGGAGCAGAGGCCUUUGCCCAACAAGGAGUUUCAGCGCCAGGUGUGGCUCCUCUUUGAGUACCCAGAAAGUUCUGGGCCAGCUCGAGGCAUCGCCAUCGUCUCGGUCCUUGUCAUUCUCAUCUCUAUCGUUAUCUUCUGUCUGGAGACUCUGCCCGAGUUCAGGGAUGACCGAGACUACGAGGGGACGGGUGGAACCUUUGGGACGGGGGGUGGCCCGUUCACACCGGACGUCUUCACCAAUUCUUCCUCGGCCCCCUCCAUGGUGUCAUCCUUCACCGACCCCUUCUUUGUGGUGGAGACUUUGUGCAUCAUCUGGUUCUCUUUUGAGCUGCUUGUCCGCUUCUUCGCCUGUCCCAGCAAGGCCACCUUCUCUAAGAACAUCAUGAACAUUAUCGACAUUGUGGCCAUCAUCCCCUAUUUUAUCACGCUGGGCACUGAGCUGGCGGAGAGGCAGGGUAACGGCCAGCAAGCCAUGUCCCUAGCCAUCCUUAGGGUCAUUCGGCUGGUCAGGGUCUUCCGCAUCUUCAAGCUCUCUCGGCACUCCAAGGGGCUGCAGAUUCUGGGACAGACCCUCAAGGCCAGCAUGAGGGAGCUUGGCUUGCUCAUCUUCUUCCUCUUCAUUGGAGUCAUCCUCUUCUCCAGUGCUGUCUACUUUGCAGAGGCUGACGAUCCCAGCUCAGGAUUCAGCAGCAUCCCUGACGCCUUCUGGUGGGCAGUGGUGACCAUGACCACAGUGGGCUAUGGGGACAUGCACCCAAUCACCAUUGGGGGAAAGAUUGUGGGGUCCCUCUGUGCCAUUGCCGGGGUGCUAACCAUUGCUCUUCCUGUGCCUGUGAUAGUCUCCAAUUUCAACUACUUUUACCAUCGGGAGACCGAAGGCGAGGAGCAAGCCCAGUAUAUGCAUGUAGGGAGCUGUCAGCACCUCUCGUCUACUGAGGAGAUGAAGAAGGCUCGCAGCAAUUCCACCCUGAGCAAGUCAGAGUACAUGGUGAUAGAGGAGGGAGGAAUCAACCACAGUGCAUUCAAACAGGCUGCUUUUAAGACGGGCAACUGCACAACUACAAACAAUCCCAACUGUGUGAACAUCAAAAAGAUCUUUACGGAUGUUUAAAAAAAUCCGAGGAUGUGUAUAAAAACAAAAAUAAUAAUGCAAAGUGACUGUGUUAUCUGUAUUGUGUGGAACAUGCACCAUCGUUGGUCUGUGUGUGCACCCUUGUUUUAUACAUUUAUUUUUUCAGAUGAUUCCUUUUUAAGAUCAAAGAAAGGGAUUUAAGAAUCAGAAGAAAAGAGAAUGGGAAGGAAAAAAGGACCUAGAGAAGAACACGCUCGCGGCUGAAACAGGUGUUUGUUCUGCAACAUGUUGCAGGGCUGCUUCUGGGUUUUGGUUUUUGUUUUUGGAGGGGGGAGCAGCUUGCCGUUUCUGCUUUUUUUUCUUAUUAUUUUUGAAGCGAGGCAGUGUGUAGCCGAUUCUCCCUUCCCACCACAUACACGCACUUGUUGGAAUGAAAACUAUGAGUCGGAAGGGGAGAAAAUAAAAUCAUGUAGCAGAGCAUAUUUGGAAGGAAAUGACCAUUUAAUUUUGCAAACUGUCUCUGCUACCACACUGUUAAGUGAUGCUUAAUAUUGAAACGUGGUGUGUGUCAUUUACAGGCACAUUCUUGAUUUCUUUUUCUCCCCAGAUAAAUUUGUUCAGAGACCAAACGUAAGCAGUUUUGAUUUAACCAGAAAAAAACAUGCUAGUUUCCUAUUGCUAAUUCCCUUCCCUUGCAAUCCGACGGGAUUGUUUCAUGCAACCUGAAAUUGCUGGUUGCAUGAUGUUGUAGAGGAAAUGUUUCCUACCAAAUCGCAAAGAUUAACAAUUGAGUUAGUGAACAGUAUCCUGAGAGUUUGUGCAUCCUAUGAUGUCUAUGCAGAUUAGGGAUUGUUAGUCUCCCAUUAAAUCAGUAACGGUCUCUUUGCAGUGACUGUGCAGCCUCAAACAAAACCCAUCAACCUAGAAACAAAGGGGAUAUUUCCGCCUAUUUGGCUAUUUGCAAUGCAUUUGAGAUAAGCGUCUCCAUCUAUCACAAGAAGAUUAAAGUGGCAAACACGCCUUCCAGCGGAAGUUACUAAUUCGGAUCUGAGUGAUACAGUUUCCAUAGCAACCCUGGUUUCCUGGGAAACCCCAAAAGGUUGUCAUGGCAUCCCUCCUCCCAUCCCCUUCCUAUCCUGUGCUGUUUCCACAGUAACCCUUCCAGAUGGUUCCAACUUCUGUGAUUUCACAGAAAACCCGCUGCUCUGAUAAACUGAACACACACAUACAUCGAGAGAGUUAAUCCCACAGAGAUUUGGGUGUAGAAGCUAGUCCUCCUAGAUGCACAGUUUUUUUAGAUCUGAAAGAUUCUUGAAGUCCUAGUACAUACUGAAUUGAGAAGCAAAACGAAGAUAUUUAAUGGUGCUGCACAUGUGCUGAACAUAACACCUGUUCAUAGGCAAGCACAACAAAUCUCCAAAUCGCCCUGGCAGUCAAGUUGAUAUCUGAUCAAUGAAAUUGAAAAUUGAUUCUCUUUGUGCAAAUGUAUACAUCUGCUCAGCAGUUUUAGCAAGGCGAUCUCGUCUCUGCACCUUACAGAACAAAUCAUAUUUAAACUUACGGUACAUGACCUAGAUUUUUCAAAAGCCUCCCUCCAAAUCCAAACAGCGAUUGUACUUUCAAGCGCGUAUGGCACUGAACAGCCAGACAGGACACUAAUGAAAAAGGAUGCCAGUCUAAUGAAACAGGGGGACAAAUGCAGAUGACCUAUAAAGAUCAGGGGGAAAAGUAACCAAAACUGAGGGGAAAAUAUGCCUGCCUCGUCUUAUUCACACAUCAGGGGCUGCGGAGCAUCAGACAGGAUCAGAUAACAGAAGACGUUUCAAAAUAAGAGCUACAGAACUGUACUGACCAGUACAAUAUUAUAAAAAAGAAUCACAUACAUCAAGAAUGCAGUGACUAAUUACAUACUGUACAUCAUGGACUGCACUGAUGGAUGGCCUGUCCUCUUGCAUAUGCAGUACUUUAACUUCCAGUGGCAUAAAACCAUUUUAUGUGUUGUGAUUUCUGUGAUUUCUAACAAGUGCAUUAUGUAGAAGGGAACAUCUUUUCAUCUGGAAGAUUAUCUUCAAAUCAUGUGCAAUAUAAUGAGACUGAACAAAGCCAGGAAACACAGGAGGGAGGUGGAAACCAUUUGGACAGAAUUUCAGUCUUUUAAAAAUAUCUCUUGAAAGAUUAAGCAUCCAGAAAGGAAACGUUAAACAGAGCUGCUAAUAACUGGUUCAAAUGUUUGGUUGUUACAAAGAAAAACAAUUAACUGCUCUCACUUUCAUUUCAAAUGACUUCUACCGGCUGUCUUCAGCAGCAAGAAAUGAAUGAGUUGUGUUCUAUUUUUCUGACUUUUUUCUGUAAAAAUGUCCUUUAUAGAUAUGUUCUGUACCAAAGGCUUUUCAACAUAUCUUCACCCUAAUCGCACACAGAAAGAACACAUCUCCACUGAUGCUGAAGAGGAUAGCGUUACACAGUCAGCUAACAAGUUGUGCCUUGCUUUAAAAAGCAACUAUGUGCAUUCAGUUAAAAAGGGAACAGUUUUCAGGCAGAGCUCUGUGGCAGCGAGGCCUGACGAACGAUGACUUUGGCAUCAACCAGAACUCUCCAUUUCACA